AUGCAUUUUAUUAAGAAUAUAUUCAAUAAAGUUGUAGGAACAUAAUAACCAUUAGUAAAAUAAGAGAUUUUUGAUUUUUUUAUUUUAGGAACAAUCUUUAAAUAAGAUGAAGCUAAAUAUACAAAAAUGUAAGUAAAUUUAUUUUAUGUUUAGAUCAUCUAAUUCAGAAUUUGUGUUUGACAAAUUAUCAAAUGAUGAGUUUGAUCAUAUUCUAAUUGUUCGAUUAAAUAGAACCUCUAAAUCUUAUAAUAAUGUCAUUAGAUAAAAAGAAGGAGAUUUUUAUUUCAACAUUUCAUUUUUUAAAUCAAUACACCAUUAAACUUUAAGUGAUUCGGCAGAAGAGUUUAGUAUAGAUUUAAUGUAUCACUUAAACUUUAAAAUAGAGACAUUUAAGGUAUUAAAUGGAGUAUAAGAAUACAUUUCCAAAAAUACACAAAACAAGAAAAUUUAAAAAUUAUUAAUUUUAAAUUGUAUUUAAAUUAAUUAAUUUGGAUUCAAUAAAACAAAAAGGCCCUCCCAAAAAACUUAAAUGAUUUAGAUAAUCUGAUUCCUACAAAAUAAUCGUAAAAAUUGGAGAUUCAUAAUAUAUUGCAAUAAAAAUAAAUGACUAAAACCAUUUUGAGAGUAGAUAGAUCAAUUUUAUCAUUACUAACUACUAGAACUAUAUAAGAUAAAGAAAUUAUAGGAGAUGUUAUCAAUUAUUUAUUGUAAUAAGAUAUUCACACUAUAAAAUAAAUUUAUGUUGGAAAAUUAUAUAUACUUUGUCCUAAAUUAGCAGUAAUAAGGUUCAUCAAUCCUUUAGUUAUAAUGUCUUUAAAUAUUAUUUCGAUAACAGAGAGUAGAAUGGAAUUAUACAAUAAAGAUAGAUAAUUAUUAUUAAUUUAAUCAAUAAAAGACUUCAUCAGUUUUGAAGUAGAUAAAGAUCAGAAUUAUUUAAGUUGGGUUUAUUUUGAUGGAUUUAAUUAGAUUGUAUUAUAUUUUAAAUUUGAUAUUUUGUAUGGAUCCACAACAAUGGCUAUUAUUUUAGAGAAAUUCAGAAUAUGCAUGAAUGAAAAAUAAAAUUUAUAAUUAGAAACUGGCACAUCCUUUAGUUAAAUCUCAACAACAACUACUAUUAAUAUAAAUGAAUCAUAUAACUAAUAAAUUGAAUUAAAAAAAUACAUUUAUAAAGAUGAUUUGUAUACAAUAAAAGGGGAUUUAAAGUAAGCAACUACUAAGAAAAUCAUUUAUAAUGAUAAUGAUAAUUUAGUUAUUUUAGAAGAUAAAACUAUAUCAUUUAUCAAAAAUAAUAAAACAUAUUAAAUUAAUUAAUUUAUUAAGUUUGAUAAAACAUAUCUAGACUAUAAUUCAAAAAUAUUAGUGUUAUAUUUAUAGUUUUAAUGUGUAUUAUACUUAAUUGAUUUAAAAACUUAUACUUAUACUCAGGAUAUUAUUAAAUUAAAUUUUAAGAUCGCAGAUGUUUGUUCUUAUGAAAAAUAAUUCAUAUUGUUAAAUAAUUAAUCAGUUUAUGUUUUAGAUGAGAGUAAAUCUAUUUAUAAAAGUAAUAUUAAAAUUAAUUAUAUUAGUUAAUGAAAUAGAUUAAAAAUUAAAAGAUAAUUAUCAAAUUGUAAGAUGCUCAAAUAAUGGAUCUAUUGUUAUAGGUACAGAAUAAGGUUUAGUGCUUAUAUUUGAUAAUAUUAAAACAAUGAAAUAAGUAAAUAUAUUUGAAGGACUAGGAGAUCUUGUUUAAGAUAUUAUAUUAAGUACAGAUGAAAAGUAAAGUAUAAAUUAUAAAAUAGGUUUAUAAUUAUUAAUAAUUCUUAAUAUAUCUAAUAUUAAUAAAUAAUAACAAAUAAAUAAAAUGGUUAUUAAUAAAAUUUAGAUAUGAAACCAUCUCCAAUUAGAGUUUAAUUAAAUCCUGAAGAUUUAAUUUUAAUGGGAUUAUAUAAUUAUCCAAAUUUUUAACAUGUGAGAAUGGAUAAAAAUAAUAGAGUUAUUGCAGCUUAACUUGAAAAUUUGUAAGUGAUUUUUAAUGUUUAAUAAAUAAUUAAUCAUUAAAAUAAUUCAUAUUAAGUAAUUAGUUUACAAUAAAUUUAGAUAUUCAUUCUUCCUGAAGAAAUCUUUGAUCAACAAUAUAGAGAAUAAGAUCUAAUAAUUCUUUCAGAAUCAAAUAUUUAUAUCAGAUAAUGUUUAUGA